GUUCAUUUGUAAACCUCAAAGCUUUGGCGGUUCUUCCCCUUCAUCUUAUAGUCCUUCCCUACGCAACCCCCCCGCUUCCAUGAACAGAGUCUUGCAAUUCGGUUUUAAGACCUCCAAUUUCCUCAAUCCUUCAAGUGACUCUAGGGAAUGUGAGAGUUGCGCCGUUGUUUUAUUUGAGAGCAAGAGCAGCGGGGUCUAAAAGGCUCUUUUCAAAUUCAUUGAGAAGUACUUCAUCAAUUUAUGAGAAGAAGAAAGGAAAAGGACGAAGAGGAUUAGUGGGUAUAAACCAAAAUUCGGACAUGAGUGUUGCUGAGGAAAAUAGCGUGAAUAGUAUAGAUGAAGUUCAGAGUAUUGAUGAUUAUCGAGGGAACAUUGAGGAAAUGACAGUUCAAGAACUUAGAGCUGCGUUAAGGAGAAUUGGGGUCCCUGCCAAAGGUCGUAAACAGGAUCUUGUAUCUGCAUUAAGGUGUUACAUGACCGAGAAAACAACUGGUGAAAGUUCCCAUUUAGCAGAAGAAAUGGUUUUCUCUACUGAUACCGAAAGUGUGUCAUUAAAAAGAAAUAUUAAGAAAACAUCUAAUGAAGAUGUUGAUACUGUUGCUGGGGUUUCUGAACUUCAACAGAGGAAGAAAAGAGUGAAACAGCUAGUAGCUGAUGAUAAAACUGCCAAAGUUUCUAGCAGAACUGUCAGAACAAAAAAGCUGUCCACAAAAAAUGAAGUUGUUUCAGGCCUGAAGCUCUCUCAGUCAAAGGAAGAAGUAUGUUUGGAGAUUGAUAGUGAAAAUGUUAAAGUUGAAGAAGCUAAUCUGCUCAUGAAUCAAAGUGAACCAUGGACAAUUCUCGCCCACAAGAAGCCUCAGAAAGCGUGGAUACCUUAUAACCCAAGAACCAUGAGACGACCUCCUCUAGCAAGGAAUACAAAGUCUGUGAAGCUUAUAUCCUGGAAUGUCAAUGGAUUAAGAGCAUUAUUGAAGUUAGAGGGCUUCUCUGCCCUCCAGCUUGCACAAAAGGAAAAUUUUGAUAUAUUGUGCUUGCAAGAGACAAAACUACAGGAGAAGGAUGUUGAGUCAAUAAAACAGUCUCUCAUAGAUGGCUUUGAAAAUAGCUUCUGGACAUGUAGUGUUUCCAAAUUGGGUUAUUCUGGUACAGCGAUUAUCUCACGGAUAAAGCCACUUUCCGUCAGCUAUGGUCUAGGCAUAUCGGAUCAUGAUACUGAAGGACGGCUUGUAACAGCAGAAUUUGAUUCAUUCUACUUGAUUAGUUCCUAUGUUCCUAAUUCUGGAGAUGGCUUGAGAAGGCUGUCAUACCGGAUAACAGAAUGGGAUCCAUCUCUUAGCAACUAUAUGAAAGAAUUGGAGAAGUCAAAGCCUGUCAUUUUGACAGGUGAUUUGAAUUGUGCACAUGAAGAGAUAGACAUUUAUAACCCUGCUGGGAAUAGAAGAAGUGCUGGGUUUACCAAUGAAGAAAGACAGUCAUUUAGCACUAACUUCUUGUCUCGGGGUUUUGUCGACACCUUUAGAAAGCAACAUCCAGAUGUUGUUGGCUAUACUUAUUGGGGAUAUCGGCAUGGUGGACGCAAAACCAACAAAGGGUGGCGGCUUGACUACUUUCUGGUAUCAGAAUCCAUUAGCAAAAACGUAUAUGAUUCCUACAUUCUCCCGGAGAUUAAAGGCAGUGAUCAUUGCCCAAUUGGUGUUAUUCUGAAGCUGUAGUUGGUCAAGUGCUACCAGCAUGGAGACGAAGAUUAAUUUGCCUAGAUGAUUAACCUAUUACAGGAUUUGAAACAUGUAUUGAUGGAAGUAGGAUUUGCUGUUGUAGAGAAAGUUUGAUGAUUUGAUAAAUAAUUAAACUAAUACUUAUUUUACAUUCUAUACUUAUAUUUGUUUGUCUUGAAUGAUUAAAAA